GUAAUUUCAAGCAAUGACAGGGUCUCUUUCAUUAGCCUUUGUUUUAAUUUGAUUUGUGCUCUUAUAAAAAGUACAAACGAGUCUCUGUCCCAAGCGCCGGCCUUCCUCUCUCUCUCUCUCUCUCUUCUUUUCCUCUGUUUUGCUUGGUGAUGAGCGAAUGCCUCCGGCGGCUAGAAUUCUCCAGACGAACUCCGGCCACCUCCCGGUGGCGGAGCCGCCGGAUCCCGUGGAGGUGGACUCGGACGUGGUGGUGAUCCUGGCGGCCCUCCUCUGCGCGCUGAUCUGCGUGGUGGGGCUGGCCCUGGUGGCACGCUGCGCCUGGCUGCGGCGGUCCUCCGGCAAUCCGUCGUCGCCGCCGCCGCCGCCGAAUAAGGGGCUAAAGAAGAAAGCCCUCCGCUCCCUCCCGAAGCUCUCCUACGACGGCGCCGUCGCUGUUGCCGGCGGGAGGCUCGCCGACUGCCCGAUCUGCCUCGCCGAGUUCGUAGAGGGCGACGAGAUCCGCAUCCUUCCGCCGUGCGGGCACCGCUUCCACGUCGGGUGCGUCGACACGUGGCUGGUCUCCCACUCGUCCUGCCCUUCCUGCCGCCGUGUCCUCGUCGUCGCCGCCGCCCCCACCACCCCGUCCUGGUGCAGCCGGUGCGGGGCGAGCUCCGCCGCCGCGUCGGCCGCGGCGGAGGGCAACGCCAACACGUUCCUCCCCUAAGCUCCUUCCUCCUCCCAUGCCCCCUUUUUUUUUCCUUAGCAAAAAAAUUGUAAGUAUUCCCACGCGUUUAGAGUGGUGUUGGGUUUAGAAUUUAGAAGCAGGUGAUGAUGUUCUUCAUAAUUGUAUGUUAGGAUUGUUGUAUAGAAGGAAUAGAAUUUAAGUUUUAAGAAAAAAAAAAAAACAAGAAAUAGUUCAAGUAAGUGAAGCUAGUGAGAAUAUUUUUUUAUUAAA